CCUGAGCUUGCAGUCAGUGCACAGUGGAAAUUACACCUGUUGCACUUCCCAGGCUCUCUCUCUCUGCUUCUCCUCUCUCUCUCUCUCUCUCUCUCUCUCCCUGUCCCUCUCUCUUCCCCUUUUCUGUCCCCUUCAUUUGGCCUGUAAGCACCUGAGAGCUGACGGCCUUGCCAUGGAUCCAAACGAGGCCUGCGGGAGUGAGAAGGAGAAGGAAAAAGAGAAGGACAAAACGAUCAAGAGGAGGAACCGGCCAGUGUUCCUGCGAUACCUGGAGAGGAGGAAGACGGACACUAUUGUAGCCGAUGACAUCGCCAAAGGUGACAUCAACCUGGGGACGCUGGUGAGGAGGAGUCAGUCUGACAAGACGGAGUACAGCGCUAAACUUAAAGAGAAAAUGACACCGCAUGACCUGUCCACACCACCGCCCUCGCCAGCACUGGACCCAGAGGAGAUGCGUUUGAGGAAGAUGAGCCGCAGGGCAAAGGUGAUUCAGGAGCUGGUGCAGACUGAAAAAGACUUCCUCCUAGGCCUGGAGCUGUGCAUCAGGGAGGUGGUCCAGCCUCUGCGAAAUGUGCAGGCAGUGGAUGUGGACAGAAUAUUCACUAACAUGGAGACGGUGUGUGAGGUAUCUGCAGCACUCCUUCACAGACUUCAUGAGGCCAUGGCGGACCCUGAUCCAGAAGCUGUCGUUAUAGGAGAUGUAUUCAUCCAGGCCAAGGCAACUUUAGAAGAUGUAUAUAAGAUUUACUGUUACCAUCAUGAUGACGCAAACACAUCACUCAAAUCCUACGAGAAAGAGGAAGAAAUAAAGCAACAUUUCACUACCUGUGUAUUGGCUCUGAAGAAAAUCUAUGAUCAAGAAGGGAAACCAAACUUGCUGGACAUGGGUUCCCUGAUCAUCAAACCGGUCCAGAGGAUCAUGAAGUACCCGCUCCUCCUCAGGGAGCUGUGGCAGGCUACACCUGAAAACCACCCUGACUAUCAGCCCCUGCAGGAGGCAUACACUGCUGCCAGGAUCAUCAACGUCAACAUCAAUGAGUUCAGGAGGCGCAAGGAUAUAGUUAUGAAGUAUAAGCGAGUGGAGGAUGAAGGCACUUUGAGGGGAAAACUUCACAAGUUCAAUAUCCACUCCAUCCGGAAGAAAGGUGACAGAUUCGCUGGCUAUCUCAAGAUACUCACUGGAGUUGAACCACAGGUGAGAGAUGAAGUAUUUGAUAGAGAAGAGAAGCUGUUUAGAAGUCUGGAGAAGGCGGUGAGGCAGCUGGUCAAGAACGUUCAAUGUUACCUGCAGCAUAUUCAGGAGAUGGUGUCUGUAGCUGUUCAGAAUGUGGUGGACAUGGAGAACAUCAUCAAGGAUCCAAACAAAAACGGCUCAAAUGACUCAUCGCACAGUAAUGGAAACGACCCCUAUAAGCACUUUAAAGUCAGCCUGGAGCGCCUGGUCCUCGCCCCCCUCCUCUCUCUUCAGGGGAUGUUCACAGCCCCACAGAAGCUCAUCCAGAAGCGUUACGACAAAUUGCUAGAUUACUGCAGUCGCCUGGAACGCUCUUCUUCUUUUUCAUCCUCCUCCUCCUCCUCCUCCUCGCCAUCCUCCUCUUCUUCCUCUCCUUCACUGGUGUCAGAAGACCCGCCCGGUCCCGCCAAGAGGGACUACGAAGCUCUUAAUGCCCUCCUGUUGGAGGAGUUGCAGAGGUUCAACAUGGCCGCCUAUGCUAUCCUCACCAACUGUGUGGUGUAUUUAGUGGCCUUGCUCAGAGGGCUGAUGGAAAAAAUUCUACUGGGUGCCCCGUCUGUGCAGCAGUUACCAGCUCCUUUGUCUAACAUUGCUGAAGUACAGAACAGCAUCAUGGAGGAGCUCAACAAUCUUGCUUUUGUGAAGGAUAACGCUCAGAAACUGAUGGAGCGUAAAGUCAGCUUUGAGAGACAACGAGACAAGAAAACAACGAUGCCAGAGGUACAACAUCAAACCGAGGAGCAGCGCGCCCGGCUGCUGGCAGAACACCCACUUAGCCGUCUGUAUCAGCUGAAGAGGAAGUGUAAUGGCUGCCAGGAGCAGGACCUCAGUCUGCUGGAGGGGGAGCUGGUAGCCCUGCUGGAGGACACAGACCCACUGGGCAGCAGCAGCCGCUGGCUGGUUCACAGUUUAGGUGCACAGGGCUACGUGUACUCCACAUUCCUGAAGCAGUACAACCCUCUGAGGGACUCCAUGCGGGCGGGCCAGAUGGUCAGAGAGCAGCAGCCACAGCAGCCGCAGCAGCCGCAGCAGCAGCCUGUCAUGGUGGACGAGGACUUUGACAAUAUCAGCCUGUUCGUGUCUGGCAGUGGCAGCAGCAGCCUGCGCAGCUUCAACCUCAACACCACUGACAGCAGCUCAACCCUCUCAGUGCUACAGGGGGAGCAAGAGAGUCCAGAAGAAGUGGAGGAAUCAGUGGACGGUGACACUCAGCAGUUUUAUGCUGUUUACGCAUUUCAAGCACGCUGUGACCAGGAGCUGACCUUGCAGGAGUACCAGCAUGUUCGCAUCCUCCAGUUCUCUGACCUGGGAGGCAACAAGGACUGGUGGUUAGCCGAGGCUAACGGACAGAAGGGAUACGUCCCUGCCAACUACCUUGGCAGGAUGUCCUAUGCAUAAAUAUUGAGUCAUAGGAUGUCCACAAAAGCAAACCAACCUGUGACAUAACAAACAGACCUGACACAUCGUAAGACUCAUAAUUGAAGUAAUCCUGACUGCAACUCGUGACAUUUCUGUUUGUUUGUUUUUUUGAAAGUCAAACUUGCACUAGGUAUCUCUACAUGUUUUAAAAUCCCUUCAUACCAAAAGUGUUAAAUUCUGUUUAGCCUUCAGACAGAACCAGGACAGCUCACCACUGGCACUCAACCAAUAAUCUGUGAGGAAUAGAAAAUGAUGUUUGUACAACACAGGGCACUGUGCUGAGCACUUUUUGUACUUCAGUGUUGUUUAUAUGGAAUCAUGAAGUGAUGUCUAAAUGAAGUUAAUUUUAUAUGUGAAGUGAUUUACAGAUGAAGAAAAUGUUAUAUGUGAAAUCAUUUACAGAAAAUGUAAAUGUUCUAAGUGAGAUGAUCAAUACUUUAAGUAUGUUUUUGUGAAUGUGAAAAGAAGAAAUCUAUGUCAUCGUUUAUAUUUUAUCAAUCAUGUGGAGAAUAAAGCGAAUCAAGGAUG